AUGAGCACGGAGUCAUUUCAAACCUGCCCUCGAAUCAUCCUCCUCGCCAUCUUCAACGCAUUGAUGGACCAACUCGAAGAAAAUCCAGCCACUUCGACGAGGACCAAUCAACGCAUGAUACGACAAACCAUCAUCGCAGCAUCUCACGUCUGUCAUACAUGGAGACGCGUCGCACUUCGCCUCAACCACGUAUGGGUCCGACUCAUAGACUUCCAGCACUCGCCCAUUGAACAAAUCAGACAUCUCCUUGACCUCUCUUCACCACUCCCCUUCGACUUUGGUCGCCGCGAUGCUCCUAUCCGAUUACCCGGUCAGCCAGGGCUCUCCUCCCUUCUCCUGCGAUACGAAAACAGGAUCAGAGAGUGGAACGUUCGCUUUGAUAGAACCGACCUCUCUGAGCGAUGGUACCGCCUCUUCGCCUUUCCCCUGCACUCGCUGGAGGCCUUGAGGUGGGAAGGUCCCUUCGCGCCGGUGCCCCACCAGACCGAGAUGGAGAAAUUCCGCUUUUGGCUCCCCAUGAACCGCAUCACCAGCCUCAGCAUCGAUUCCUCCAACCUCCCCUUUCCCAAUAUCCCACUACACAGUCUCACGAGCCUGCAUGUCGCCAAUACAUCCACCCAGCCACAUGCACCGACGAUUGCCGAAUGGCUGGACAUCCUGCGCGGAUCACCCUCGCUCGAAAUGCUGUCCAUCCAAGACGCUAUAAAGCCAUCGACCUCCGACAUGGAUACAUUCGUCCCACUGGAGCUCCCUAACCUUCGUCUCCUGUCUCUGGGAGAUAACCGCUCAGGAAAUGGAGCAGUUUUCGCUCUCUUGACCUGCAUAUUCGCAACACCCAAGUGCGCCUUGGUCUGCACAGCGCCAACAACAUUCGAACAGCCCUACAACACAGUCUUUAAGGAUGCCCUGUUGAGCUGGUUCCACGACGCCAUCGACAACAGGGAACUUGGCCAUUUCCCGCUGCAUUUCUGCGUCAGCAAAGAUAGCGACUUGACGAUGUCGAACGUUGCAGAUCCAGCUCAUGUCCUCGAUUGGAACGGGGUCCAAGGCAUCGAACGGGUCACCAGGUUCCUCGACUCUGUCGCUUACAAAGUCCUCAGCAUCCGCGUUCCAAGGGUGAUGGGACCUUCCACCUUCGAGUGUCAAAAAAUCCUGAGGGACAUCAAACUGGGAGAGAGGUUCACCUCUGUGGACAUCACCGUUCAUCCUGAUGCGAUAAUCCCCACCGUGAAGACGCCCGAAGACAUCGUCCAUGUCGUUCCGCUGCGCCUAGAAGGACUCGACAACGUCAGAGAACUCACUUUCCAUGGCAGGAGUUCGCUACUCCCAACGGCACAGUGCGUGAGGGAAUGGGCGUUCAACCGCCUGGGAAUGAGGAUCCCCGUGUUACCCGUACUGGAACGCAUCAUCUUUCGCGACUUUAUUGACGCGCAUGUGAUCUCCGGCGAGGUUGCCUCCCUGUUGGCGUGGAGGAGAGACACGGGGUACCGCGUAAAUUCAAUACGGUUCGAAGAUUCAUCAGAAUAA